AGCUGUCUCGAAAAAUGCAUAUCGAGUUCUCUAACCCUUGGUGCAACGAUGCGGUUGCUUCAUGUCAAGACCCGAAAGCUCCAGGAAUUCUUUGGCGUCGCGAUACCGCCUUACGCCAUCUUAUCUCACACCUGGGGGUCAGAGGAAGUCACGUUCAAUGACCUCUUGACAGGAGACUACCACACCAAGCAUGGCUACAUCAAGAUUGAUGGGUGUUGUCAAGAAGCAGUCUCUCAAGGCAUGACUUGGGUCUGGGUCGACAGCUGCUGUAUUGAUAAGUCUUCUUCUGCAGAGCUCUCCGAGGCAAUCAACUCAAUGUUCAAUUGGUACCAGAAUGCAAAGGUCUGUUUCGUCUAUUUGGAAGACGUGUUACCCUCUGAAAACCCCUUUCUGCCCGAAUCAACAUUGCGUAGCAGUCGAUGGUGGACUAGGGGCUGGACGCUUCAAGAACUACUUGCGCCUCGCCAUGUCAUUUUUUUCGACAAAGAUUGGGAUCAUGUCUUUACGGAACUCACAGAAGGACUAGAUGGCGAUAUGAGCGAAAGCAUGGCCUUGGUAGCCAAUGGGUUGAAAGACACUUCCGAGAACGCCAUGUCGAAACAAGAGACUGUUCAAAAUAUAAGAUAUUCAUUGAUAUCCACAAUAACAGGAAUCCCCAGGUCUGUUCUGAUGGGAACAGAGGAGCUAUCUGAAGUAGCGGCAGCUGUGAAAUUCUCCUGGGCGGCCAAGCGACAUACAACGCGGAUAGAAGACGCAGCUUACUGUUUGCUGGGGUUGUUGGGCGUGAACAUGCCCCUACUCUAUGGAGAAGGAGACAAAGCCUUUGUGCGACUCCAACAAGCCGUCAUCAGUGGUUCAGACGACAUCAGCAUGCUUUCGUGGGGAUGCGGCCUUACUUGGGAAGCCAUUGAGGAGAUUGGACCCGAGUCAGUAUUGGCAAAUUCACCCAGCGCUUUCAGAGAGUACCCCACGGAGAAACUGUAUCCUGCCAGAAGAACACCCAGAAUACAUUCCACCGUCACUGGCCAUGGAUUACACGUCGAGCUUCCUUUGAUUCUUGUUGAUCCUCGCCAAAAGACAUGGUUAGGCAUCAUAGAGCAACACGUUUUGGGCGAAAAAGGGGAUAUAAUUGACAUCGCUGGCAUUGCAGGUAUCGCUAUAGUUCUCCGGCAGAAAACAGCAAGCGACUCCAAUACGCUGGUGCGAGCGCGCGGGUGCCCCCCGAUCAGGAUCAGCUCUUUGCAUUCAUUGAAGUAUCUUCUUCGGAGAAAGAAUCGAAAAAUGGUCUAUUUGCAGGACUCUGGCGUAAUGGACGACUCAGAAAUGAGCUUCAUAUCCGGUUACAGAGACUUGGUCCGAAGUGUCUUCCGAAAACAUCCUGGACAACAUACAAACACCACCGAAUUGGCCAUCUCUAUUUCAGGGCUUCGUAACGCCGGGUACAUAUUGUCUAGUCAAUACCCGCCGAUCGAUCACGACCUUUCGACAGCCGGACUGAGGCCAAUGAGUACAUGGCAAUUGAACAACGGCAGGUUGCAAUACGAGCAACAGCAUUUCGAGUCACUCCUAUGCCACGGGCCCCACGAACUUUUCUAUUUCAUUCUUACUGGGCCUGGUAGCCACCGCGUUGCCGUCAAAGUACGCAUUAAAUAUAAUCCACCUAACAUUUCGUCGUUCCAAGUUUUGUUAUCUCAAGAAGAAAUCGUUUGCAAGGCCACAGCUCUAGAGCAUGUUUGUAAAAGAGGGUUAGGACCCAUAUAUAUCACUUGGGGCUCCAAGGAACUCAGUUUAUGGCAGGAAUACGUAAAUCUGUGGAACAAAAAGGGAUCCAAGAUUCAUGUCCGCGCGUUACCCAGCCAGCAAGAUAUUACGAACAAAUAUACUCGCUAUGCACAGUGCGAUUUAGCUUGGAGUGGGGGGUGGGUAAUCGGCAACAACGUAAUCUAA